AUGUCAAUUUCAAAAUCUCUUAAGGAACUUGAGGCUGACUUUGUUGUUACCUACUCCAGCAAGAAGGUGGAUGCUGACCUCAGUCAAUUGCUUGAUUUGUUGGAAGAAAAGGGCUUUUUUUGUCAAAUCAGAGACCUUAAUGAAUCUUCACUCUUAAUUUUUAUCAAGUUGUCGGGGUAUACUUAUGCCGAAUUGUACGAAAAAGACUUAAUCAAGAAUUAUGAGUUCGGCAUCACCUCGGCCAUUGACAAUAAAGCUGACAAGUUGCGGAUUGUGUAUGAGUAUUUGUCGGGAUCAUCCCCUGAUGAUGUUAAUUUGCUCGCUCACAAACACGUAGCAGAUAUCACUCCCAUCACUGAAUCAAUUAGUUCCACCAAUGGUCUUGAAGAUAUUAAGUCGCUUGUCACUCUUAGUAAUGCUCCUUCCACUAGCUUUAUUAAGGAGAACUUCGGAAUCCAUAUUGCUCUUUACUUUGAAUUUGUGAAGCACUUGCUUGUAUGGUUGUCAGGUUUAUCGGUGUUGGGACUUCUUAGCUACUUCAAGUCUAAACACUUGUUCUCCUUGACAUACUGUCUGGUUAACUUGGUUUGGGGAACCUUUUUUUUGGCGUUCUGGAAGAAGAGAGAAAAGUAUCUAGUCAGUUUCUGGGGUAGCGCAAACUAUCACUUGAUCCAGGAACACAAACUGGAAUUGAACGAUAUCAACAAGUAUUAUGAAGAAAAGUCUAGCUAUAAGCAUAAGAACAACUAUGAAGGACUCAAAUUCUUGAAGCAGUUGUUGUUUAUCCCUGUUGCCGUUGGGUUUGCAGCUGUGUUGGUAGCUUACCAAUUGGGAUGUUUCGUGUUGGAAAUUUUCAUUAACGAAAUCUACGAUGGUCCAUUCAAAGGAUUCAUUGGCUUGGUGCCAACCAUAUUGAUUACUGUGUUUGUGCCAAUUUUGACCACCAUUUUCAAUCUUGUUUCUGACUUGUUGAUCAAGUAUGAGAAACACAACAAUAAUUACACCAAGCAGAACUCGGUAUUGAUCAAGCAGUUCAUCUUGAACUUUUUGACUAGCUACAUGCCUUUGAUUAUCACUGCCUUUAUAUAUUUGCCAUUUGCUCACUUGAUCCAACCUAACUUGGUGCACAUUAAGGACAGUAUUUCCUAUGGUGCUAACCCUAACGCCUUCUACUACAAGUAUUUGACACAUAUCAAGAACCAAGAAGACUUCAAAAUGAACCAAGAAAGAUUGAACUUACAAUUCAACUACUUCAUUGUUACUAACCAAGUGAUCCAAUUGGUGUUGAAGUAUGCCUUACCUCAAAUCAUAUCCCUUGUUAAAAGUUUUAUUUCAAAGCCCACCUACGAACCUGUGGACAAAUCUAACGAAAAGGACUACUUGAACAAUGUGAGAAAGUAUGUUUCCUUGCCAAGUUAUGAUGUGAAUGGUGACUUCAGAUUUGUGACAAUCGUUUACGGGUACCUUAUUUUGUUUGGUCCGGUAUGGUCGUUGGCACCCCUUGUCACUCUUGUAUUCUUGUUUUUGACCUUCAAAUUGGACUACUUGAAAUUGCUGAAUGGUAAGUACUUCAAGCCUCCAAUUCCUCAAAAGAUUGAUUCUAUCUACCCUUGGAACUAUGCCUUGUUCAUUUUAACUUGGUUAGGAUCCAUCAUUUCUCCAGCUAUCACUGCCUUCUACCAUCAUGGAGAUAAGCCACCAAAGUCAUUAGGUCAAUUUGCUUUAGAUAAGGCCAGUGUUAACACCAAAUCUUCCACUUUGCUUAUCAUUUUAUUGCUU